AUGGAUAACCUUACGUCCACGCACAAUCUCGAUGAGUGCAUUGAGCGGACGAUGCGGCGGGAGCUGCUGCCACAGCCGGUGCUUGCGGCUCUGUGCAAUAAGUUAAAAGAGUUAUUGAUCAAAGAAAGUAAUGUUGUACACAUUAGCUCACCGGUAACGGUUGUGGGCGAUAUCCACGGCCAAUUCUACGACCUGCUGGAGAUUUUCAAAGUUGGUGGCAACUGCCCGGACACCAACUACCUGUUUUUAGGUGACUAUGUUGACCGGGGGCUGUUUUCUGUCGAGACCAUCACGCUGCUGGUGUGUUUGAAGCUUCGGUACCCUUCGAGAAUAUAUCUCGUGAGAGGCAACCACGAGUCGAGGGGCAUCACCCAGUCCUAUGGAUUUUACACGGAGUGUGUGCGAAAGUACGGCACGCCCAAAGUCUGGACGUUAUUUACUGACGUUUUCGAUUUCAUGACCCUGUCAGUGGUUGUCGACAAUCAGAUUUUCUGUGUGCACGGUGGUCUGUCUCCGUCAAUUCAGUCCAUUGACCAGAUUAAAGUCAUUGAUCGUUUCAAGGAGAUCCCUCAUGAGGGCCCAAUGGCCGAUUUGGUGUGGAGUGACCCCGAUGAAACCAGAGCUCAGUUUAGCAUCAGCCCAAGAGGCGCCGGCUACAUGUUUGGCAAGGACAUUGUCAAAGUUUUCCUCGAGCGCAAUGGAUUCGACCACAUCUUACGGGCCCACCAGCUCUGCCAAUCCGGAUUUGAGAUAUUGUUCGACGACCAGUUGAGCACGGUUUGGUCUGCGCCCAAUUACUGUUAUCGUUGUGGCAAUAUGGCCUCUAUUUGUGAAAUCCAAGAAAACGGUGAACGAUUCUUUAAUGUGUUCGAUGCUUCAGCCGAUAAUGAACAUCAUAUGCAAACGGCAGCAGAAACAAACAUCGUAGAGUACUUUUUAUAA